GCUGCUGUUGAGAUGAUGUUCGUUAAAGAGGAGACCGAGGAGGACACCAGUGAACCAGAAGCAUGGAGAAUAAAACAAGAGGAACCAGAAACCUGGGGAAUAAAACAAGAGGAGCAAGAAGGCCUGAUAAAAGUCAAAGAAGAAAGUCCAGAUCUAAAUGAAGUGGAGAAGAAGCAUCAGGAACAGAAAGACCUUGACAUCAACGGAGAAAAAUCAGCGAGUGGCAGAAUUCGAAUAACGGGAGUCAAAGGCCCUUUCAGCUGCUCUCAGUGCGGAAACACUUACAAACAGAAAGGAAGACUUAUGAAACACAUGAGAAUCCAUAGCGUGGAAAAGGCUUUUAGCUGUUUUCAGUGCGGAAACACUUUCAAGCGUAAUGAAAACCUUAAGAAUCACUUGCUAAUUCAUGCUGGAAUAAAGCCUUUUGCCUGCUCUCAGUGUGAGAAGACUUUCACACAAAAAGGACAACUUAAGAAUCAUUUAGUAACGCACUCUUCAGAAAAGCCUUUCGUCUGCUCUCAGUGCGGAAACAGUUUCACGCGUAAAACGCACCUUAAGAAUCACAUGUUAAUUCAUACCGGCAUAAAGUCUUUCAGCUGCUCUCGGUGUGGAAAGAGUUUUACGCAGAAAGGACACCUUAAUGACCACUUGAUAACUCACUCUUCAGAAAAACCAUUCAUCUGCUCUCAGUGUGGAAAGAGCUUCACGCGUAAAACCCACCUUGAGAAUCACUUGUUGAUUCAUAAUGCAAUAAAGUCUUUCAGCUGCUCUCAGUGUGGAAAGAGUUUCAUACAGAAAGGACAACUUAAGAAUCAUUUGGUAACUCACACUUCGGAAAAGCCCUUCAGCUGCUCUCAGUGCGGAAAGAGCUUCACGCGUAAAACGCACCUUAAGAACCACAUGUUAAAUCAUGCUGGAAUAAAGCCUUUCAGCUGCUCUCGGUGUGGAAAGAGUUUUACGCAGAAAGGACACCUUAACGACCACUUGGUAACUCACUCUUCAGAAAAGCCCUUCGCCUGCUCUCAGUGCGGAAAGUCUUUCACACGUAAAAGAUACCUUAACACUCACGUGUUAAUGCACGCUGGAAUAAAGCCUUUUACCUGCUCUCAGUGUGGAAAGAGUUUCAUAUGUAAAGGAAUCCUGAGGAAUCACAUGCUAAUUCAUGCUGGAAUAAAGCCUUUCAGCUGCUCUCACUGUGGGAAGAGUUUCACGCAGAAAGGACACCUUAAGAAUCAUUUGGUAACUCACUCUUCAGAAAAGCCUUUUACCUGCUCUCAGUGUGGAAAGGGUUUUAUAUGUAAAGGAAUCCUGAAGAAGCACAUGUUAAGUCAUGCUGAGAAAAAGUAAGGUAGCCAAUCAAUCCUUCCUUAUAAUAUGGUAUCGUUACAUAUUUAAGGAAUAAAAGUCACCAUGUGCCCCCUAUUUAAUACAUAUGGCAUAUGACCACCUAGAUCAUACAAAUGAACUCUUAAUUCAUUAUGUUUGGAUUUGUGAACCUAGCCCAUUGAGGAAAGUUUUAAGACCAAGCGCAAUCCUCUGCUAACUGCUAACUUUUUCAUUAUGUGAGUCUUAACAUGCAAAAUGA